CAUCCACCGCGUCCAGCCGCCCGACGCGCGCAGGACGUCCGGCCAGCGAGUAGCCGCGCGCGCGACUCGAGCGAGAUGGCCGCCACUUCGGUAAAAAAAGCCCAGGAGCUCAUGGCCAAGGGCGAGAAGGCCCUCACGAAGUUCAGUUUCUUCGGCGGCGGCACGGCCAAGUUCGAGGACGCCGCCGAGUGCUUCAACGACGCGGGCAAGCAGUUCGUCAUGGGCAAGGCCUACGGCGAGGGCGCGUCGGCCUACCGGCGCGCCGCGGACUGCCACCUCAAGGCCAAGAGCGAGUUCGACGCCGCGAGCUCGUACGGAAAAGCCGGCGAGGCGUUCCAGAAGCUCGAGGACGUCUCGGGCUGCAGCGCCUGCUUCCGCGAGGCCGCGGCGAUCUACGGGGGCAUGGGCAAGUGCUCCAUGGCGGCGAACAUGUCGAAGAAGCUCGCGGAGGUGCUCGAGAACGGCGGCGACCCGGCGGAGCUGCCGAACGCCAUCGAGGCCUACGGCGCGGCCAUCGACUACUACGACGGCGAGAACCAGCCCAUGCGCGCCAACGGCUGCCGCGAGAAGGUCGCCUUCCUCUCGGCGACCCUCGGCGCCUACGACGACGCGCUCGCGGCCUUUGACUCCCUCGGCCGGUCGUGCCUCGGGUCGAACCUAGGCAAGUUCAACGCGAAGAAGUGGUUCACGAACGCCAUCCUCUGCGCCCUCGCGCGCGAGGACGUCGUCAAGGCGAAGAACGCCCUCGCGGAGUACGCGAACCUCGACUACUCCUUCGUGGGCACGCGCGAGCACAUGCUCUGCGAGCAGCUGACCGCCGCGUGCGAGGCGUCGAGCGAGGAGGGCGUCGCGACGGCGGCGGCGGAGUACGACAAGAUCAAGCGCCUCGACCCCUGGAUGACCAAGCUCCUCCUCGCCAUCAAGGGCACCUGCGAGGGCAUGGACGCGCCCCCGAUGCCGAGCGUCGCGGACGAGGACGUCCCCGACGCGCCCGACGAGGACGACGCCGAGGACCUCCCGGACCUCACCUAGGGCGCAACGUCCUAAUCCCCCGAAUGUCUCG